AAGUCCCUCUGAUGGAUUUUCUCCCUUUCUCUCAGCUUCAGAAUGGCAUGCUUUUCCCCCUUAGACAGCUGUCUGGUCUUCAUGUUGGUCUGCCCUUCUUAACUGCAAGAGCAGUCUUCGCAGAUAAAACCAAGCCUCCUCCCCUGUGUUCAUUUCCAUGCAGUGAGGCGUCGUAAUGACCUCCAGAUCAGGGCUGUCCACGUGAGAAGGGAAUCGUAAAAGAGAAGAGCAGACACUGAGAAGAGUUUGACACGGAGCAAUGGCCUCAACCAAAGAUGGUGAUAUCGUGGAUCAGAGGCUAGCCCACAUGAAACAAGAGGACUGUGAGUGGGGAGCACCAGCAGAUUUGUGUGUGAAGCUGGAGGACUGUGAAGAAAUUAUUUCAGCUUGUAAAGUGGAGGAGUCGAAGGGUGGAUUUGUGAAGAUUAAAUCUGAGGAUCCAGAUGAUUUCUCAGAAAAGUGUGAAACUGGGAGAAUAUUCAAGCGAGAUAUUUCUGAAGAAUUUCACUCCAGUUUACAGCCGUGGGUCGCUGAUCCCCAGCAGAAUUCUGUGGACCUGAAACCUGAAUUUGAGGAGAAAAUCAAUGAAGGAAAUGGGAGGGAAAGAGAAGAGAAGCCAUCCAGGAGUGUUUUAAUAAAUUUACAUGAGAUUGUCAGCUUCCCCACAUCUUCAUUUUCUCAGAUUUCUCCUCGUUGCAGACUGCAACACAGACAAGACAAGGAAGAGAUUAAAAACUCAGCAACUGGAUCAAAGAAUUCCAGAGCAGCCUCUUUCCAGUGUAGUUCUUUUACUGCUACCCAACAAACACGGACAGAAGCCAUCAACACUCAGCAACAAGAAAAAUGUAAAAUAGAUCAAAAGGCUUUUAAUACCAGCCAAGAGUGUGGAAAAACUUUCAAACACAAAUCCGACCUUAAGGAUGAUGAUUCAGCUGAUGCUCAACAGAAGCCAUUUUCUUGUUCUGAAUGUGGCAAACUAUUUUCACGCAGAUACUGUCUACAUAAACAUGAACAAAUUCAUACUGGUGAAAAACUCCAUUUCUGUUUAGAAUGUGGCAAACGAUUUUCAAAAAUAAGCAGCCUUCAGAGCCACACUCGAAUCCACACUGGAGAAAAACUGUAUAGCUGCUCUGAGUGUGGGAAACAGUUCUACCAUAGGAGAAGUCUUCAGAAGCACAUGAGUGUUCACACUGGAGAGAAACCUCAUUGCUGUUCUGAGUGUGGUAAACGAUUCUUACAAAUAAGUAAUCUUCAGAGUCACAUAAGAGUCCACACUGGGGAAAAACCAUAUUGCUGUUCUGAAUGUGGCAAACGAUUCUCUCGUAAUGGCAGUCUUCGGCAGCACACACGGAUUCAUACUGGAGAGAAGCCAUAUUCUUGCUCUGAAUGUGGCAAGAGGUUUUCUCAUAACAGAAAUGUUCAGGAACAUGCAAAAAUUCACACUGGACAGAAACCUCAUUGCUGUCCUGAUUGUGGUAAAAGAUUUGUACAAAUAAAAUAUCUAAAACGGCACUUGAUUAUUCAUGCAGCAGAGAAACCUUACUGUUGUUUGGAAUGUGGCAAAAGGUUUUUCCACCGAAGCAGCCUUCAGGACCAUGCUAAAAAUCACACUGGAGAAAAGCCUCAUGCCUGUCCUGAGUGUGGGAAGAGAUUCUUACAAGUACGGUAUCUGAAACGCCACUACAGAAUUCAUACUGGAGAGAAAACAUAUUGUUGUAGUGAAUGUAGCAAACAGUUCUUUGAUGCGAGCCAACUUCAGAGACACAUGCGAAUUCACACUGGAGAGAAACCUCAUUGUUGCUUGGAAUGUGGCAAGCGAUUCUCGCAAAAAGGUUCUCUUCACAAGCACACAAGAGUCCAUACAAGAGAGAAACCUCACUGCUGUUCUGAAUGUGGGAAGCGAUUCACAGACACAUACAGUCUGCAGUGCCACAUCAGAAUUCAUACAGGAGAGAAACCAUAUUGUUGUCCUGAAUGUGGGGAAAGGUUUUCACGCAGAAGUGCCCUUCGUAAUCAUGUAAGAAUCCAUAUCGACGAGAAACCUCAUAGUUGUUAGGAAUGUAGCCACUGUUUCUGUGGUGUCUGUAAUCUUCAGAAAUACACAAGCAUGUACACUGUAGAAAAGCCAAAGUAUGCAAUCUGAGAAUAUGCUAGGUGUGAAGUGAAAGCAAUGAAUUUGGGCCAGUGGUGCUGGGAGUAACAGGACUCUUCCAGACAAACAUCUAGGCCCACUUUGACCAACCACAAAUUAUCAUGGAUCUCUAUGAACUGCUGAAGAAGGCAUUAGUAUGAACAAUCUAGAUACUGCAAGCUUAAGGGAAUAACAAUGACUGGCAUAGAACAUAAAAGUCAGGACUAAUGAGUGGAGUCCACUUCUGUCUAACCCAUUUGAACAAUUUAACCUCCAGAAAUGUUUAUUGUUAUUGUGAACUGUGUCCUCGCUGUCACAAUGGAACUGCCAAUGUCAUACAGUGUGAGGUACCUGAUUCUGUUUAAUAAGAGUAAU